AUGCUUCAAUAUUAUAAGUUGGUCUCCAAGGUUCUCCGGUACAAUGCAAAGCCCUUGUCGUUGUUCGGUUCAAGAUUUGAAAUGUGCCUUAACAUUCUAGGAAAUAAGAGCAACUUUGGUUUGUUCAUGAAGAACUUAUUGAGAGGGAAUGUGGUGCUGCCUAGUAAAGAAUCAUCCAGUUUUUUAUCAACUGUUGGACAUCUAGACAACAGGGUAGAUUUGGACAAGAAUAUUAACCCAGGUAGUAACAAAUACUACGCGGCUCUGUGUGCUAUGGCAUCAAAAUUAGCGUACGAGAACAACGAGUUCAUCCGAGCUACCGUUGAGGAUUACUGGAAGAUGGAAUUGCUGGGAGCCUACAACUUUUGGGAUGAGACUUACAAGGCGCACACAACACAAGCUUUCGUUUUCCUCGACAAAACCACUAACCCGAACACGAUUUUCGUCGCCUUUCGAGGCACAGAAAUAUUCAGCGCCACCGAUUGGAUAACCGACCUCGACAUAUCGCGCCACCCUUUCCCAGGCGCAAAAGGCAGCGUUCACGCGGGCUUCAUUAAAGCCCUCGGCCUCAAACCAAACGGGCCUUGGCCCGAAGACAAAAACACCGUCCAAAACAACCUACACGCUUACAUCACAUUAUCACAAGAGCUAAAAUCCCAUUUCGAAGCCAAUCAGAACGCGACACUUGUCUUGACGGGCCACAGCCUAGGCGGGGCCCUCGCCGUUUUGUUCUCUGCAAUUCUUGCAGUGAGAAACGAGGCCACGGUGUUGGAGAGGCUGAAAGGGGUCUACACGUUCGGGCAGCCGAAAGUCGGGGACGAAAAAUUCGGGAGAUUUAUGGAAGAGAAGUUUGAUUUUUACGGAGUCGAGUACUAUAGAGUCGUGUAUAAUCAUGAUAUUGUUCCGAGAUUGCCUUACGACAACUCGGUUUCGGCGUUUAGGCAUUUCGGGAAGUGCCUAUACAUUGAUAGUGUUUACGAAGCAAAGGUUGUUAAAGAAGAGCCGGAUUAUUUCGGCUUUGUUGAAAUUGUUAGAAGGACAGUGGAUCCGUUUUGGGAGCUGAUAAGGAGCUUUCUUCUGCCAGGAAUGUUUGGAGCAGAGUACAAGGAAGGUUUGCUGAUGGUAAUGUUUCGUUUGGUUGGGUUGAUGUUCUCUGGUUUACCUGCUCAUGGACCACAGGAUUACAUCAAUGCUACUCGACUGGCGGUUUAUUGA